GCAAACCGGAAGUGAUCAGGAGUGGAAGUGAAACACCGACCUCCGUAACAUCUGCGAGCCGGGAAUACCGGAUAAAACAACGAAAUGACACGCUAACAAUGAUGUCCGGAGUCCUUGAAGAACAGUCAGCUCUGCCAAGCUCUUAGUAACAUCUGUAACGUCUGAAGCGCUUGCUUUGGCCUCAUAAGGACAGUUUCACACCGGCCGGAUCACUUCAGACUCACUGUCAGUCCUCCCUGAUAACGUAGACGACAAACAGUUCUGCAGCGUCAUGACGUGUCGAGAUCGCACGGUUGAGUUCCAGUCGGCUUGUAAGUCACUGCAGGGGAGACAGUUACAGAAUGGCACUCAUGCUAAACCUGCCAUUAAUGCCCUUAAACAGCGCAGUGACUUCACUCUUAUGGCCAAGAGAAUUGGGAAAGACUUGAGCAACACUUUUGCCAAGCUUGAAAAGCUCACAAUCUUGGCCAAAAGGAAGUCUUUGUUUGAUGAUAAAGCAGUGGAGAUUGAGGAGUUAACAUACAUCAUUAAGCAGGACAUCAACAGUCUGAAUAAGCAGAUAGCACAGCUGCAAGACCUUGUGCGAUCCCGCAGUGGGCAAAAUGGUCGCCACAUCCAGACACAUUCCAACACAAUCGUCGUCUCCCUGCAGUCAAAACUGGCAUCGAUGUCUAAUGAUUUCAAGUCUGUUUUGGAAGUGAGAACAGAGAACCUGAAGCAGCAGCGCAGCAGAAGAGAGCAGUUCUCUCAGGCUCCUGUCUCAGCUUCACCUCUGCUCGCCAAUAACUUCAACAGUUCAGUUCUGAUGCAGGAUGAGUCCAGGAGUCUGGGAGGAGAUGUGGCCAUCGACAUGGACUCGAGAGCAAACCCUCUGCAGCUGCAGCUCAUCGACGAACAGGACUCAUACAUCCAGAGCCGAGCGGACACCAUGCAGAACAUCGAGAGCACCAUCGUGGAGUUGGGCUCCAUCUUUCAGCAGCUGGCACACAUGGUCAAAGAGCAGGAAGAGACCGUUCAGAGGAUCGAUGCCAAUGUUGAGGACACCCAGCUGAAUGUGGAAAUGGCCCACACUGAGAUCCUCAAAUACUUCCAGUCUGUCUCCUCCAACCGCUGGCUCAUGAUCAAGAUAUUCCUCGUUCUCAUCGUCUUCUUCAUCAUCUUUGUGGUGUUCCUCGCUUGAGAGGGAACAGCCCCAAGGAAGGAGGCAUGGAUGACGGUGGAAACGGACCAAAGGGGAUGGACUCAUGGGCGAAUGUGCAAAAACAUAAGCGGACUGGGCCGCCGGGGACUCUGGCUCACUGUGGGAGGGGAGGGAUGGAUUCUGAAGCUCAUUGGUUGAAUGACAUGAGUCAGUUCAAAUGUAAAUUCUGUCAAUGUCUGACUUUGAAUCUCUCACUUGAGAGAGAGGAGGAGGAUGAUUGUGAUGCUGAUGAAGGUGGAACAGAGAUGUACUGUGUAUUUAGCAAGAGCACAGGGUGUUCACUCUGUUCUCUUUAAGACUCAUCUACAUCUGAAUUAAUAUUUCAGCCUUCGCUUGUUAUAAUAAUCACAUAUUAAAAGAGAAGGCUUUUUCCUAAAUGGCUUGAUUCUCCAAACUGGUUUAGUUUGAUUUUCUCUGACAGUGUUGUCCAUAAUCAGUGAGAAAAUGAAUUAAAUUAACUAUUGUCUUCAUAUGAUAAGCCUGAUUAUAAUUAUCCCCCAUUAAGAUAUAUUAAUUUGUUUUUAUAUCAAAGACAGGCAAUUAUUUGCUCCUUACGGUUAAAUCUCACAGUUAAUUAUCCUGGUCAUAUUUCACCUCGAAAUUAAUAGAAAAACAAAUUAUACUUUUAAUACUUUACAAGGUACUUUGCAAUUUAAAUAUAUAUGUAUGGAUGUAUGUACAUAUACUGUGUACAUUUACAGCUCUGGAAAAAAUUAAGAGACUGCUGCAAAAUUAUCAGUUUCUCUGGAUUUACUAUUUAUAAGUAUGUGUUUGAGUAACAUGAACAUUUUUGUUUUAUUCUAUAAAGUACUGACAUAAUUUCUCCCAAAU